AUGCUUCCCAACCUUCCAAUCCAUUCUAUUCUGGACAUUCAACGCAGUACCAAGCUGCUCAACUCUGGUCAUUUUUUAUCCCAUUCUUAUGUCGUAUCCACCCUGGAUUCGGUCUAUGGUUCAGAUGAGCUUGCUGCUAUUAAACUACAGAUAGAAUGGUCAUCGAAUACAUCGUUGGCCCUGGUCGAAUGUCAGACGAUGCAGCGCGUGCUAGCUUUGUAUAGCAUCGACCACAGCAAACAACUAUAUUUCGACAAGGAAUUCAAGAUCAACAAUAUUGUCAUGAGUCACAAUGCAAGGUUCUGCUUUCUUUCAAAAUGCUGUAGUGUGAAAGGCUUUGGUUGUCACUCUAAUGAGUGUGAAAAAGACCGGCCCAAUAUCUAUCUUGCUAUUGACCCGAAUCAUGUAGUCGCUCAGAUAGCUCGUCACACCCGUACGUCCAAAGCAAACCAGUUUUUCACAAACCUGUCUAGCAAUUGCACUGCUUUGUCGACUGUUUCACAGUUGUGGAAAAAUAAAUUGCCACUUUGUUUAUUCGGCUUGGGAAAACGGAGUUUUGCGUUUCCGGACCCGACAGGGUCAAAUCGAAUAUUAGACCUACACAAACUGUUGCCACGAUCCAUAAGCACUGACAAUAUAUCGGAUUCUGUCCCGUUUGGUCAUUCAGCAGUACAGGAUUUCUCAGCUUCCAUACUACAGUCCCAUUUACCAAAUCACCAAGCCACAUCUGGUUUGAAUUCAAAUCCUAUGGCCAUACAUAGCACUAUGCAAUGUGUUUUAAAAUACCAAUCCGAGGCACAUGUCGAUUUAGUAUCCUCAUUUACUAUCUCGCCUUCAGAUUUAGAACCCUCCAAAUUUGCUUUAGAGUCGCAUAACCCAAACCUAUCCAUUCAUUCCGAUGACCCCACUUCCUGUCCACCCACUUCUUCAGAAGCCGUACUGUGUCGAUUCUGUCUAGAUGAUUGCAGCACUGGAAGUCUCAUUUCUCCUUGUCUAUGCAUUGGAUCGGCAAAGUUUGUUCAUUUACAUUGUUUACAACGCUGGCGGAAAACAGCUUCUAAUCCAUAUAGUCGCGUGAGAUGCGAGAUCUGUCAUGCGUAUUAUCGGCUGGGCCAUCCUCUAUCGGGUAAAUUCACCAUAGAUACAGCAAAGAUAUGCUGCGUUGUUGGAUAUUUGUUCUAUGCUGUGAUUGCAUUGUACAUUUUUCGCUGGGGUUUAGGCAUACUGGGAGCACGUGUAAACGGUACAUGCUCGUCUCAUUUACUCAACGUAUUAUCUCUUGGUACUUUCUGGCAUGCCAUCAUUCGCUGGCAAAUUCUCACUGUCCAAAUGCUGUCGCGAAUCGGUCCUUCAGUACUGCUUGUUGUGGUUUACUUUUCGUUUCAAGAUGAUCAGCCCCAAAACAUUCAUCAGCCACAGGACCAACAAUGGUUUUCAUCUAUGCGUAUUGCGGCGUUUUCAUUCAACUUGCUGAUAUAUUGGCUUAUUUUAGACUUUCUAUGCCAUGCACAGUUUUCCACCAUAAUGUGUGCUGCGGCUGAUUCAAUGUACAUUUUGUGUACACUCGUUGGAGUCUUGGUACUUGUGUAUAGAUCAAACAUGUGGGCAAAUAUAAUGGCACCAAGCCUGCUUGUUUUGCUUGUUGAUGUAAAUGUGGAUGUCAACGAUGUUAGAUUUCACAGUUAUUGA